AUUCCCGAGGUUGUGUGGGGCCCUGGGAAGUCAGCGGACCAGAUUGCCAUGAAACUGAUGAGCUUGACGGAGCGACAAAGAGUGGCGAUUGCAGCGCGGAUCGACCCCGCGACCUACUCUGCGGUGCGCAUGCAUGCACCGGGUGUCGAGUACAACGCCCGUGCGCGCACACUCAAGCUCAAAUCUGCGACCGCCGAGCAGCUGCCCAAGCCGCGAAGGCUUCCGGGCUCUGUGGCGAUCGUUUCCGCCGACACGGCCGACCAGGCGAUUGCGGAGGAGGUUCGCGUGCUGAGCGACUACAUGGGCGCUUACAGCUUUCAGAUUCGGGACGUUGGGGCCGCUAACCUGCACGGACUGCUGGCCAACGUGGCGUCCUUACGUGCCGCAGAUGUGGUGGUUGUGGUGGCGGGCACGGACUGCGCACUGCCUUCUCUGGUGGCGGGUAUCACUCAAAGCCCCGUGAUUGCGGUUCCCACCAGCGCCGGUUUCGGAGCCGCUCUGGCGGGCAUGGCACCACUGCUGGCGUCCCUUAGUACCAACACGCCGGGCAUCACGUUGUGCAACAUUGACAACGGAUUCGGCGCAGCGGCCAUGGCGGUUCGCAUCCUGAAGAUGGCUGCGCGUCUGCACGUGGUGCGGUCGGCGGCGGAGGCGGCGGCGGAGGCCGCGGUGGCGGCGAUGCACGCGUUGGACAGCGCCCGGUCGGCCUCUUCCCCUUCUGAGAACUAA